AUGUCAAGCAAAGGGAUUUCUUAAAGCAGCAAUAGUAACUCCAAAUAUUUGCUCUGGAAUAAAAUGUAUCGAUAAUCACAACUCUUCAUAUACAAUUAAUGUAUACGCAAUUGAAGGAACUCCUUGUGACUGGAAUAAAUUUUGCUUGAGAGGUGAAUGUGUAGAAGUACCUUUUGAUGAAACUUAUAAGAAUUUGGGUCUAAACAUAUAUUUUCCACCAUAUCUUCAACUUCCUGGAACCAAUAAGUCUGCUGAAAAACAAUGCAAAGAAGCAGGAAUUACAUAUUAUAACGAAGCUUAUUUUGAAGGUUGUGAUUGCCUUUGCCGAUCUAUUUAUUCACUGCGCAUUUUAACAACCACAAUUCCAGCACAGAACGGAACAUUGUGUAAUAAUACUGGGUUGUGCUUUGAUGGAAAAUGUGUGGACAAUUCUAAUGUAACAGAUAACAAAAACUCAUUUAACACGACUUUUAGAAAUGUUACGAAUUCUAAUAAUGCACCUCCUUCCUUUGAGAAUGUGACGCCUUCCAUUGAUGAUACAACCAAUUCUGAUAGUAUCACAAGUUCCACUGACGAUACCGAUAAUACAACUAUUCCUUUAGAGCUAACAACACCUCGUGAUUUAAUUACAAAUGUUGAUAGUUCUGAUAACAAGACAAUUUCUAAUGACAUUGAUGACUUUGAAGAAUCAACAACUCCUGAAAGUAUUCUAGAUUUUAAUGAUAUAACUACACCACAAAGUGGUACAACUUUUGACACUUCAGAUCCUAUGGGACAGGUAUUACAAAUUAUGAAUGAACAGUGCGAGCGGGCGGAAGAAGGUUACUUUUUCACGCUUCUUCCAAAUAAAUGUUUCGUAGCAUGCACUCUUGACAAGUACUUGGCAUACCACCCCGAUAAAGAUAAUGAUGAAACCUAUCAAGCAAUACGUAAUGAUUAUUUAUUUUACCAGGACUAUAAAGAAGUUGUCGUUCAAGAUGGAUUUAAAUGCAAAGAUAAUGGAUACUGUCAAGGCGGACAAUGUGUCGAACAGACUACUACUGACAGCAAUACAAGUUCUACUGAUUCUACUGACUCAGUGAAAGAAUCUACAACUCCUAAAAGCGUAGAAAUUUCUAUUGAUUAUAUUUCCCAUUCCACUGACGGAGUCACAAGUUCUUUAGAGCUAACAACAAAUCGAAAUUUAAUUACAAAUGUUGAUAGUUCUGAUAACAAGACCAUUUCUAAUGAUUUUGAUGACUAUGAAAAAUCAACAACUCCUGAACGCAUUUCAGAUUUUAAUUAUGUAACUACUCCUCAAAGUGUUACAUCCAUCGAUAUUUUAGAUCCUGUGGACAAGGAAUUACAAAUUAUGAAUGAACAGUGCGAGCGAGCGGAAGAAGGUUACUUUUUCACGUUUCUUCCAAAUAAAUGUUUUAUAGCGUGCACUCUUGACAAGUACUUGGCAUACCACCCCGAUAAAGAUAAUGAUGACACCUAUCAAGCAAUUCGUAAUAAUUAUGUAUUUUACCAGGACUAUAAAGAAGUUGUCGUUCAAGAUGGAUUUAAAUGCAAAGAUAAUGGAUAUUGUCGCAGUGGGCAGUGUGUUGAAAUGACAGAUUAUGGUACCAUAGAUAAAAUGACACUUUCUUAAUUAAAAUCUGAUGAUUUUAAAAGGAGAAAUUAAUUCGAUACAAAAAUAUUAGAGUAUCGAAAAAAGUUCUGAAUAAGAUGCUUUUAUAAUUAUUAUUUAUUACUAUUUAUAUUUACUA